AGAAUACCUACUUAUAGAACAAAAAAAAUAUAUCGCUUGGUGAAUUGAAAAGUUUGAUGCUCCCACUGAAGAAGUGAAAUUUCAGCUGGUUUCUGAAACACAAAUGAAGAAUGUCUUUAAAGGAUGAAUUCAUACUGUUCUUCAACAGCCCAGAUCCUCGUGUGGCAACAUGGCCUCUAAUGGACAGUCCAGUAAAAACGAUAUGUCUCGUAAUAGCAUAUCUAAUAUUUGUGAAAAUAUUGGGACCAGCACUGAUGAAGAACAGAAAGCCUUUCGGUCUGCGUCUAGUGAUGAUUGCUUACAACUUCUCACAAGUUGCGAUUAGUUCGUGGAUUUUUAUGAAUCUAGCCUUGUUGGGAUGGUUCACGAAAUACAACUGGCGAUGUGAGCCCAUUGAUUUUUCGAAUAAUUGGGAAGCAGUUAGGAUAGCAGAAGUCUGCUGGAUCUGCUUUUUAGUCAAAUUUUACGAAUUUAUUGAUACAGUGUUUUUUGUUUUGCGUAAGAAGAAUUCGCAAAUCACCACUCUUCAUGUUUUUCAUCAUGCUUUGGUUCCAAUAACAGUGUGGAUAGGUAUCAAGUACGGAGCAGGAGGCUACAACACCCUGUUUCCACUGUUAAAUUCCUUUGUACACACAUGGAUGUACCUCUACUAUGCCCUUGCUGCAUUUGGACCUUGUGUUCAAACAUUUUUAUGUUGGAAAAAAUAUCUGACAAAAUUACAAAUGCUUCAAUUCAUCAUAGUGUUGGUUUUUAUAUUGCAAUUGUACUUUUUUCCUACAUGCAAAGUUUCGAAAGUGAUUUUACUCAUAAACUUCAUGAAAGCUGGCAUCUUUUUCGUGAUGUUCAUGAAUUUUUAUGCAAAUUCUUACAAAGAGAAAAGGAUAAAAGUUACAUCUGGUAAAAAAUCAGAAUAAUAUUUUUAAAUAUUUUAAAACAUGCAUUGCAAUUUCGAAAUUUUAUGUAGAGUUAACAUUAAAAUGUUUAAAACAUGUUUUCAUAAUUAUUAUUAUUGUAAUAUAUAUGUUACCAGCAAAGUAUGAAACGUCGGCAUUGUAUAG